AUGUCGAAAAAACAAAAUAAUAAACGAAAUAUUUCUGAAGUUGAUGAAAAUGUUGAAGAGAAUUGGGAAUUAAAUAAUGCCAUUAAUAAUAAUGCUUUUGCUGAAGCAUUUUCUAAUCUUGGUGAACGUAUAAAUUUUAUAGAAAAUUUAUACUCUUAUUAUGAAGCAAGAAAAGCUAUAUUUAUGUUGGUUGAUAGAAAAUUUCUAAAAGAUAAAGAUUAUGAAAAUUUUAAAGAAAUUCGUGAAUGGAGAGAUAAUACUUUAGGUAGACCAAAGAAAGGAAACACUUCUUCAUUUUCGAUUAUAUUAAAUGAUAUUAACGAUGAAUUGUUACAAGAGAAUAUGGAGCGAAAUUAUUAUGAUGCUAGUGUUGAAGAAAAAAAAUCACCAUUUCACGAAUAUUGUGAAAAUUGUCAUUCACCAAAACCAAAUGAUUUUUGUACUUUUUGCAAGAAGGAGGAAAUAUUAUUAUGUUUAAGUGAGCAAUCUCAAAGACAAAUGCAAUUUUGUAAGAAAUAUAAUUCGUUAUCUUCAAGUAAUUACUGUAUCUCUUGCAAUAAUAAAUUAUAUAAAGAAAAGGAUUUUGAUAAAUUAGAGGAAUCAAGUCAAUCUUCUAUUAUAAUAAUAAAUGAUGAAUCUAUUGUUAUGCAAGAACAAGCAACUUCUUUACAAAAUAGAGGAAUAUUUGAUUCUGUAAUUCAAAAAUAUUCUUAUACUCCAUUACAAGUUGGUUAUGUAAAUAAUAAUGAAAUUUUUUGGUCAGAUAAUGAAUUAUCAAUAGAUGAUAGCAGUAAUUCAGAUUGUUCAGUUAUUUAUAUAAAUAGAACAUCAAAGAAACGUAAAUUAGCACCAACUUUGGAACAAGAGAUUGUAUCUUUGGUAAAUAAUGAGGUUCAGGAGAUUAAUGGAGUUGAUUCAAGAAGUAGCAGUAGUACUCAAAGAAUAGACUCAACCAAAUGCUUCUAUCUAAAAUAUGAUGCAUUGGGAGGAAAAGGAAAAAUUGGAGAAAAUAAUCUAGAAGCUCUUAAACGAGAAAUAUUUGAAGAAGGAGGAAUCGAAAUCGAUAACUCAAAAUUAUUAAAAAUUUGGAAAUAUACUUGUUCUAGCAGAGAAGAAUAUAUUGCAACUCCAUGUAAUUUCAAUGAAGUACUUUAUAAAGUUACAUUGGAAUUAUUCAUUUAUCCAUUUGACCAACCUUUAAUAAAUCUUGAAAAAGAUAAACAUACUGAAUAG